AUCGCUAUCUCGUACUUGCCCUUUAACGUCACUAGGCCCCGCCUUUCAGUACGUGACGUUCCCAAGCCACGCCCCUAGAACACGUCACUGGCCCUUGACUGUGCCUGCUAGGUGCCGCCCGGUGUCUCCCGGUGUGUCACCCCCGCCCGGUGCUUCACCAUGGCGGCCAGCGCCAAGCGGAAGCAGGAGGAAAAGCACCUGAAACUGCUCCGGGAGAUGACCAGCCUCCCGCACAACCGCAAGUGCUUCGACUGUGACCAGCGCGGCCCGACCUACGCCAAUAUGACGGCGGGGGCCUUCGUGUGCACGUCGUGCUCCGGCAUCCUGCGCGGUUUGAACCCACCCCACCGAGUGAAGUCAAUCUCUAUGACCACGUUUACACAGCAAGAAAUAGAAUUCCUUCAGAAGCACGGCAAUGACGUGUGCAAACAGAUCUGGCUAGGAUUAUUUGAUGAUAGGUCUUCUGCUAUCCCAGACUUUAGAGAUCCUCAAAAAGUUAAAGAAUUCCUACAGGAGAAAUAUGAGAAGAAGCGAUGGUAUGUUCCUCCAGAACAAGCCCGGGUGGUGGCCUCUGUUCAUGCCUCGAUAUCUGGGUCCUCUGCGAGUAGCACCAGUAGUACACCAGAAGUAAAACCGUUAAAGACUCUAUUGGGGGAGGCUGCGCCGUCUCUGCAGCUGAACAAAGGGACCCCUAGCCAGUCUCCUGUUGUGGCUCGCAAUCAGGUGCCCCAGCAGCAUCAUCAUCAUCAUCAAGAGAAGAAGCAGUUUGACCUCUUGAGUGACCUUGGAGCGGACAUCUUCGCCACCCCUGCACCGCAGCCGGCUGCCACUGCUAACUUUGCCAAUUUUGCAAACUUCAACAGUCAUACAGCUCAAAAUUCUGCCAAUGCAGACUUUGCAAACUUUGAUGCAUUUGGACAGUCUAGUGGUGCCAGUAGUUUUGGAGCGUUCCCCACAUCGAGUCAGACACCCACCCAGCCUUUAAAUACAGGUACAAAUGCAAAUGCAAACUUUGCUCAGUUCGACAACUUUCCCAAGUCCUCCAGUGCCGACUUUGGGGCCUUUAAUUCAACUGGAGCUAGUAAAACGGCUGCUGUUAGUAAACCAAGUCAGCCUUCAGCAGAUAAAUAUGCAGCUCUUGCAGACUUAGACAACAUCUUUGGCAGUGUGCAAGGUGGCAGUGCACAAGGAAGUAGCUAUGGCAGUGCAACAGUCUCCUCUAAACCUGUCCCGGCUGCUCCUGCCCCAACAGAUAACAAUGUUUUUGGAAUCCCAGCUGCAGUCCCAGCAGCGCACACCCACCCACCUCAGUCAGUUGGGGGAGCAUUUGGAGCUUCUGCCUCCACAAACCCGUUUGUUUCUGCUUCUGUUGCACCUGCCGUAAACCCCUUCCAGACAAAUGGACGAGCGCCUCCAGGGGUCCGUGAUGGUCACACGACCGAGAUGGACUACCCGGGUGCCCCAUUUCACCCAUUCCACCAGACCAGACUGCCGACAGCUGCAGGAGCAUUGGAUGUCUCUUCUUUUGGAACAGCCUCACUAAGCAUGCCCGCUGGGUUCGGGACAUCGGCACCAUACAGUCUUCCUACCAGCUUUAGUGGCACUUUUCAUCAGCCUGCAUUCCCCCCUCAGACUGCCUUCCCCCAACAGACUGCUUUCUCACAGCAGCCUAAUGGUAAUAUACAAGGAGCUGGUUUUGGUGUGUUUGGUCCAGCAAAGUCAGUGGUUACUCCAUUUGGACAGGUUGCAGCUCCUGCAGUCUCUAGUAAUCCUUUCAUGGCCGGGGCACCCUCGGGACAGUUUCCAGCAGGAAGUUCAUCGACAAAUCCUUUCUUAUAGCCUUAGACUAACACAGGAGCUUACCAGGCAUCACCGUACAUGUACUGCCUCUUGCACUGUUUGUCUUGUUUAACCAGCGUAAGCUUUAAACACAGGGAGUUCUUUCAGAGCCUGCAAUUAUAUUUUUUUUUUUGUAUUUAAACAAAAAAAAAAAAGGAAGAAAACAAGGUAAUAUGUGCAAUUGGGAAGCCUUUUCUUUUUUCAUUCAAUCUGUUGGCUGCCCAGAGGAUAUCAAGUCCUGGGGCAGCCAAGGGGUUAAUUGAAGGCGUAUCAUGUAUAUUAAAUUUGGUAAGUUAUUGCAGAUUCCAUAUUCGUUAAGCUGCAGUACUGUAUAUAUUUUUUUUUUUCUUAGGGUCUAGGUAAUUAUUCAUAUCAGUAUUUCUAACUCAUAACACUUUAUGCUAUGUGAAAGAGCAAACAAGUCCACCUAUAACUGAAAAAGACUUUAAUCAUUUUAGCAAUCCGGCUUGACGGGAUGUGGCAGUUCAAUGUUAAAUGAUGAAAAUCUAUACAUUUUAUUCACACAAAAUAAUGAAAAGAAAACAAUCCCACAAACUUUUACUUUGCCCAAUAAAGCUAUUUGUUUCUAUACGCCUAAAAUAUCCAUAUUGAGGACUCAUUUCUGCAUAAUAAAGCUAAUAAUGUUUUGCUACAGUUUGCAGGUGAAAAAAUAUUAAAAUAUUAGAAAAAUG